UACAACCCCUCUAAACCAUUCUCUUCAUAACCUAGAACAUUGUCUGAAAAGAUCAUCACGUAAACACACACACUUUUCCUUGCCAGAAAUCUGACGAGAAAUAGAUUUUAACCUAAUUCACACACUUUUCCUUACCAGAAAUCUAACGAAGAAAUAGACCAUAACCUGAUUCAAUCUCACAAAACUCACGUUGAGCAGAAUCUCUAAGGCUGACUCUGAAGCAUAAUUUGGGUCGGUGUCUCUCUUCUCUCUCAAAGCAAGAUGUUGGAAAGCGAUGCAGGCAGAACUUAUCCAGAGGCAUUUGAAGCCUCGAAUGGCAAAAUUCAACUAGCAGAUUCCGAUUCCUUUGACGAUGAUGGGCGUCCCAAAAGAACUGGAACUGUUUGGACUGCAAGUGCCCACAUAAUAACUGCUGUUAUUGGUUCUGGGGUGCUAUCUUUGGCUUGGGCUGUUGCUCAGCUUGGUUGGGUUGCUGGUCCUGCUAUAAUGAUUUUGUUCUCUGUUGUCACUUAUUGCACCUCAAUUCUUCUGGCUGUUUGUUACCGCACUGGUGACCAACUCACUGGCAAGAGAAACUACACCUACACUCAAGCUGUCAGAUCAUAUCUAGGUGGAAUGAAUGUCAAGUUUUGUGCGCUGGUUCAGUAUGCGAACCUUUUUGGAGUGGCAAUUGGGUACACCAUAGCAGCUUCCAUAAGCAUGAUGGCGGUUAAAAGGUCUAACUGCUAUCAUAAUAGCGGAGGAAAAGAUCCAUGCAAAAUGAACAGCAAUGUUUACAUGAUUUCAUUUGGAAUUGCGGAAAUUAUUUUAUCCCAAAUUCCAGAUUUUAACGAAUUGUGGUGGCUCUCUAUUGUGGCUGCUGUCAUGUCUUUCACAUACUCUAUAAUUGGACUUGGUCUUGGAAUGACUAAAGUUAUACAAAAUGGAAUGAUUAAAGGAAGCUUAACUGGUGUAAGUAUUGGUGCUGUCUCAGAAAUCCAAAAAGUUUGGAGGACCUUCCAAGCUCUCGGUAACAUAGCCUUUGCCUACUCCUACUCAAUGAUCCUUAUAGAAAUUCAGGACACAAUCAAAUCACCUCCUGAAGAGUCAAAGACAAUGUCGAAGGCUACUUUGUCGAGUGUCUUGGUGACAAGCAUUUUCUAUAUUCUAUGUGGUGGUUUUGGCUAUGCAGCUUUUGGAGAUUCAAGCCCUGGAAACCUGCUAACUGGUUUUGGCUUCUUUAACCCAUAUUGGCUCCUGGACAUAGCCAAUGUUGCCAUUGUUGUCCACCUUGUUGGUGCAUACCAAGUUUACUGCCAACCCCUGUUCCAAUUUAUUGAAAACAACGCAGCACAAAAAUUCCCAGACAAUGAUUUUAUGAGCAAGGAAUUUAAGGUAGCAAUCUAUGGUUUGAAACCCUUCAAGCUGAACCUUUUCCGGUUGGUUUGGAGGACAAUUUUUGUGAUCUUCUGCACUGUCAUAGCAAUGCUGCUUCCAUUCUUCAAUGACAUUGUGGGGCUGAUUGGAGCCAUUGGAUUUUGGCCACUGACUGUGUAUUUCCCUGUGGAGAUGUAUAUUGUUCAAGCUAAAGUACCAAAGUGGAGCACAAAAUGGAUAUGCUUGCAGAUGCUUAGUGCUACAUGCUGCGUCAUAACAAUUGUAGCUGCAGUAGGUUCCAUUGCUGGGAUUCUUGAUGAUCUUAAAGUUUACAAGCCAUUCACCACCAGUUACUAGUUCAGUAGCAUUACUCAGUUAACAUUGUCAAAGAUUUCAUUGCUAAUUUGAAAUCUAAGGGCUUGUGUAUGCUUCUAUUUAUUCUGUAAACAGUGACUUUCUGUACUUUAGUUUUAAUAAGCUUGUGUAAUGGGCUUUAGUAGUGUUUGAGGCCAUCAGUACAGACUCUGUAAUAUACAAGUCUUUCUGUUUACUCCAAUAUUUAAAAUUGUUCAAUUUGGAAUUUGAA